AGAAUUCCUCCAUCAUACCCUUUUCUCUUAGUACUACUUUGACUGGAGGAGAUUUUCCCACUCGGCUCUGAGCUGGACAAUCAUGGCGGAAAAUUUAAAAAAAAAAAAAAAAAAUUAAAAAUUAAAAAAUGACAGGGGCACAAAGCAAGAGAAAGAAAGAAAAGAAAAAGAAAAGAAAAAGAAAUGUUACACAACCCAGAAUACGAUCGCCUCGUCCAAUCGCUAAACGCCCCGAGACAAACUAUUUUAGACGACAGUUGAGAAAAAAACAGGCAUGUCAGACAUAUCAUCACCAUCUGUCGCAUCUCAUUUCUGCUAUGGCAGCUGUGGUACAAUCUGAUACAUCCUCGUUACUUCUUCUCUUUUCCCUGUUUAUUUAUAUCACAAUAAAUAGGGAGCUGCAUGGUCAGUAUGUCGGCCUAGAUGAUUUGGGCUUUCCCAUGGCCUGUGAUCCCCGGCUGGUGUGGACUAGAGGCUUGGAGGAGUGGUAUCCGAUGCUUUCUUUGCCCGUCUUUAACCCGUGCCUGUGCCCUAUGCCCAUCCUAGGGCUUCCGUCUUCCCUGCUGGUGUCUUGACUUUAAACCAACUGAGGACGUGGUCCGAUGAACAACCUGCUUACUUCUUUCAAAUCAUCACUACGAUGGCUUUCUUCUUUUUGCUACCC